CUCUCUCUCUCUCUCCCUCUCCCUCCCUCUGUCUCUCACUCCAUUCCUCUGGGCUCUGCAUCCUUCUUGCUUCUUCUUCUCACAAGUCAGAUUGUGUUUGUAAGUACACGCUGAAUGUCUCUCUCUGUAUGCUUGGGCUUUCUUAAGUCUUUUUGUAUGUGUGAGUGACUGGUUGCUUAGUUAAGUGUGACUGAGCAGAGCAGUGAGGUGUAUCAAGUGUAUGUGGGUCUCUGUCUCACCCUCACACACUCGCCGCUCCUCCUGCAACUCUUCUCGGGAUCUCUGGGUCCCUCUCCUCGGUGACAGGCUCCUCACACUAAGCAGUCACCAUUUCAGCUCCCGGGAGACCCACGCUGGCAGCGCAGCCCCUUCCCCGACUCAGCAUCGGGAGGAAGACCCUGGUGGCGGCUGCCGUAGGGGUUAUGCUGGUCCUGGUGCUGGUGGUCCUCAUCCCUGUGCUCGUUAGCUCAGUGGGUACAGAUGCCAGCCACUAUGAGAUGCUGGGCACCUGUCGCAUGGUGUGCGACCCCUACCUCAACAAGGGCACUCCGGCCAGCAGCACCAGUUCCACCAGUCUCCAGGCUGAGGCUGAGGCGUUGAGCGACCACAGCAACGUGCUCCCACCCUCCACCUUACUGCAGGGCCCACAGGGGAAGCCUGGUAGGCCAGGCAAGCCCGGACCACCUGGACCGCCGGGGGAACCAGGCCCACCAGGACCAGCUGGGCCUCCUGGUGACAGAGGGGAUCAGGGAAGGACUGGGAUUUUGGGUCUGGGGGGAAAUGGAGCUAUCAGCACAGCCACCUACAGCACAGUGCCUCGGGUGGCCUUCUACGCAGGGCUUAAGAACCCCCAUGAAGGCUAUGAGAUCCUCAAGUUUGACGACGUGGUCACCAACCUCGGCAACAAUUUUGAUGGCAUUUCGGGCAAGUUCAUCUGCAGCAUACCGGGCACUUACUUCUUCAUCUACCAUGUGCUGAUGAGAGGAGGGGAUGGCACCAGCAUGUGGGCAGACCUCUGCAAGAAUGGCCAGGUUCGUGCCAGCGCCAUCGCCCAAGACGCUGACCAGAACUACGACUACGCCUCCAACAGCGUCAUCCUCCAUCUGGACGCAGGCGAUGAGGUUUAUAUCAAACUGGACGGAGGAAAAGCCCAUGGAGGCAACAACAACAAGUACAGCACCUUCUCUGGCUUCAUCCUUUACGCAGACUGAAGGCACACAGACACAGAAACAGUUCGGGCCGGAAGAAAUUGAGAGAAAGAGUUGUACGACUGGGGGGGUGUGGGUGUGUGUUAAAAGCCGGAAUCCUUUCUAGUUUUCCUAAUUCUCUCCAUCAUCACGGACACCUCUGCUUCGUAUCCAUCAAGCCACGGCAUCCAGGCUCUGUAGCCGAGCCUGGAUGCAAAGCUCCCGAGGACACACUGAGAGGGGACGGGCCGGCGGCAUGGGAGGAGUGGGACGUGGAGAGGAAGUGGGCUGGUUUUUCUGCGCUCCUCGACAUAAUGCCGACGUGUCAGAACCUCCUUGCUUUCAUAGUCUCUCCUCUUCAGCCCUGCUCCAUUGCACAGAAAUAUCAACAACAAAAAUGAAAACCCUGCAAAAUGGAUGAUCUCACCUCUUCUUUCCACAGCGGCAACAGUCGGCUGUACUGUCAGUGGACUCCAUUGACUGAAACUUGUAGUGUUGUUCCGUGUAAUAUUCCUUCGAUUGUGUUUUUAUUUUGUAGACAAGCAUAAUACUCUACACAAAUGAGAUUUAAAAAAUAGAAUAUAUUUGUCCAGUGUGAAGAUAUCUUGUUAGUCUGAGAGAAUGGGUUCGUGAGAUGUUCUAUGUGAUGCAGCUCUGAGAUGUAACUGCUGGAAACAAAAUCUUUAACUCAAGACUGUCAGUAUUACAUGGCAGUGGGUGUUUGUCUCCAUCACUGGCUAUAGCAAAGUUAUUAUAUAUAUUGUUCAUGUGGAGAAUAACAAUAUAUUCUGCACUCUACCUUUUAAUGUAUCUGACAACAGAAGCCUCUCAUCUAGACAAUAGCCUUUCUGUAAACCACCUCACACAUUUCACAAACACACAAUGUCCUGCUGCUGUUUGGAUUACAAGUAGAGUUCAAAUCGUGUCUUCGAUGUUCUAGCUGUAGUCACGUAGAUACUCUACACGGCACAACCAGCAAAAAUCAGAGUUCAGAUUCUAAGGCAACCAAGUUUAAGAGCGCCUGUUCUUUCUUUCUCCCUGCUGCGUGUCUGCGGUUCAAGAGAAGAGAAAUAAAAAUCUGGCUUCUGAAGCGAGGAGGGGGCGAGGGAGAGAAAGUCACAAAGACUGAGAGAUUAAGAGCCAGAAGUGAGCAAGACGGUGGGGAGGUAGACAGGGCAUUCAGGCACAGUAACAGUGAGUGGGCAAUUUUUUCUGUUUCAGUGUCUCUGAGCUUCAUUGGAUGUCAUCCAUUCAUUAGCUGCAUAUUCACUGACACACAGGAAUUAUGGUAAUAUUUACUCAACAUGGCGGCCUGACAGCUUGCUAGAGAAUGAAACUGAUUGGGUGAGUGACUUGGCCUAUUAUGACUGCACGUUUGUGUGUGUUGAGCGUGAGGGCGUGUGUGCGCACGCAUGUGCGUGUUUGCACGUGUGAGUAUGUAUGUAUCUGUGCAUACCAGUGGGUGUCUGCAUUUUAGCAUGUGCCGUGCCAUAGCUACAUUGUUCUUUUCAGAGUUAUUAUGUGCUACAGCCAAUGACAGAUAUUUUACUCAGCAGCCAAUGAGAUUGUGCUCUGUAGGGUGGGGAGGCUCUAUAAAUGAAAUCUAUGACAUGUUUGUCUAUCUUAUCUUUUGGAAUUGUUGAAUACAUUUAAAUAAUA